ACAGAGCCUGCGAGCUUUAUUCUAUUCUGUUUUCGUAGUGCCGGGGGAAACUAUCUACUAAAUACUACGAGAGUUAUCUUUAUUAUUUUGUAAGCGUCGUUUGGAUUUAGGAGGCUUCGAAAAUGCCACCGAAAAAGCCGCCUCCGCUGGUGCCGAAGAAGCCAAAUCCCAGCAUGAACUACGAGGUGCUAAUCUAUCUGAAUUCGUUCUACUUUGGCAUGUUCGCAUGCUGUGAGUUGGCCAUGGGCCUGUUGAAGGCUAUAAAUCUGAGCUACACAGGCCACGCAAUGGCGCAGGAUUCGGUAGUGAUGAUUAGUUUCAUAUUGCUGGAGACGAUACGCCUGAUAUUGGGACGCAAGGGUUCAUUGGCCGAGAGAGGUUGGACUGCUAUUUUAUCAGUUUUUCUAACCGCUCCCUGCUUUCUGGGUGUCUCCUAUCUAUUGCUGUUGCAAACCUACAAACUGCGUUUGGAGUAUUGUCUCUGCACGCUGCAGAUCGGUUUGUAUAUAACCGAAUUGUGGUAUGCGAUACUAUUCGUUUUCUCACUAUGUCGUCCAGUAACUUAUGAUUAGUAGUAUGUGCUAAGUACUAGCAGCAACAACAAAUACAACAACUAGAAGAAGUCAAACAUUUAUAUAUAUACAGAAGAAGAAGUGUAGGAAAAAAGGCGUUUGUCAGACGCUCCGAUUAGCAAUAUACAAAUAUAUGUAGAGCGCUGACUUGCUCAUGCCCAGAAGCCAAUAUAUGGUGAUUAUAUGUAUGUAUAUCUAGUAAUAUGUAUAAUAGGGCUUUAGCAUAUACAUAAAUGUAUAAAAUGGUUUUAUAUACAAACAAAACACAAAAACAGAACCUAAAGUAAAAAUGUUAACAUUUAAGCAUCAAUUGGAACCAAUAUAAGACAACAAAUACUUGAAUAAUUUUCACAUUUUUAAGACAACUUUUUUUGUAUAAAAACUAUUUACGAUGGAACAAGCCAAAAACAAACAAAAAAAAACUUAAAAAGUACUGCAAAAAGGAAGAUUCUUCAAACGAGCAACAUUUUAUGUAUGACGUAGAAAUGAAAACAAAAUCUCUCAUCCCAUUAAGAAACCAUGCCCCUUCAUAAAAAUUCGAACAAACACUCAAAAUUCUAGUCAUGCUCUAAUUUUAAAAAUGUAAAUUGUGCUUAAAGUAUUAAAAACAUGAAAGAAGGCUAAGCUCAUAGCAACAGACUAAAUACGAGUAUAUGAUGAAAAGCUAAAACCAAAAACAAGUUGUUAGUUCUCAUAGGAAAUAGAUUACAUGCUAUACAUAGUCAUCAGAGGAAGGAUUCUUCUAGAACUCUUUAUCUCCCUCUCUCUCUCUCUCUCUCUAGAAAAUAGGAGGCCAUAAUACAGCAAACAAACAACCCACAAACAAUUCUGAAAGAUGUGUGUACUUUAAUGAAAUACUUUAUAUAACAUACAUACACAUAUAUAUAGUAUGUAUAGAUGAUAAAGCUAGUCUAGGAUAUAUAGCUCUCGGUCAAGACGACUUUACUUACAACCAUUUAAAUUUAAACUAACAUACCAGCAUACAAGUACUAAACGUUAAUAGGCGAAGGAAACCCAUUAAACACAUAGUGUUUAGACUCAAGCAAAAAUAGUGUUACUGUUCAGUCGUUCUUUCAAAAAGCCCUCCAAUACAUAUUCUGCAGAGAAUUGUUCCGCUGCUGCCCUUUUGGCGCACCAUUCUUUUUUCAUUUAGAGAAAACCAAGAUCAAUUUCAUUGACUCUGUGUCCAUGCUAAAAACUAAUAAUAGAUUUAAAAAUAGAAAUACUAAAAAUAGUUAUUAUUGAAAACCUAGUCCUACGGUCAGGCAGUAAAUAAUUUGCACACAAAUGGAACUGAGUGGAAAGCUUCAAAAAGCAAAUCGAAAAGAAGAUAUCUUUGUUUAUGUAACCAAUUCCAAUUGGCACAAAUUCGACAAGUUUCGGUGCAAACAAUUUACAUAUCUGACCACACCUUAACAAAACCAAUGCUAGUCAACACACUCACACACACAGAACAACAACUAUCAAGCCAAGCAAUUUCGUACAACUUGCCAAAGUGUGAACAAAUUUAAGACUUUUAUGUGGUUUCAUAGCAAAUUGGCGCACAGUUGAAGUAAAAAUACAAAUCUGUAAGCACAAUUCUUCACUGGCGCUGCUAACUGUAAAGCUAUGCUAGUCAGGACGCCCACCACAUACUACUUAAUUAAAAUAUCUGGCCUGAUAUCCUUCAAUACAAUUUCUAAUGCUCGCUUUAAGUUGACCAAUUGAUUGAUUUGUAUAAUACAUACGUGUAUAUACUAUAUUUUUUCUAUGUUUUUUGUUAAACGCAAAAUGUUAACAUAAUUUUUAAAAUGCCGUAGUCAACUGGAAAAGGAAACCAAAAUAAUAAUAAGAACUAGCUAAAGAAUUGAAAAUGAUUAAAAUUUAAUGAUAAAACACAAAGCAUCCCAUAGAGGAAACCAAACUGUAAAUUUAGUUAAAAAGAAAAAUGAAAACAAAAGGUUUUAUGACAAAUUAUAUACACAUGAAUGAAAUACCAAUUAAAGAACUACAAAACAUAAA